AAGACAAAAGGCUUUCAUUCAUCAUUAAAUCAUCUCGCUAACUAUUCUCUUCCUCUGAUUUCUAAUUAAUCAAUUACAAACAGACGCUGUUUAUUCUAUUCCAACCAUCUCUCUGGUGUCACUGACAGAUAAUUGUCAGCAGAAUCUGUUUAUUCAACGGUGAAAUGCUGAGCACGGUUACUUGAACUGAAGAGGCUAACUUAGCUAGUAGCUAACCGUGUGUUGACUGGAGGUACUUCCGUCGAGGCCUACUGCAUCCCCGGCCUUUACUGAGGAGGCGUUGCCGAAGAGGACGAACUCGCCACCCAUCUCGGGGUUCCUCAUCUGCCUUGUACACGGAUUGUAAAGUGCUUGGGUAAAGAUGGAGGCCCCUCCUGUCACUGUGAUGCCAGUCACUGGUGGAACGAUCAAUAUGAUGGAGUAUCUGUUGCAAGGCAGUGUCUUAGAUCAGGCUCUGGAAAGUCUCCUCCAUCGCCUCCGAGGUCUUUGUGACAACAUGGAACCCGAGAGCUUCACAGAUCAUGAACUGGUUUAUCUUCUGAAAGGCCAGCAGGGUAACCCCUUCAUUCUUCGUGCCCGACGCUCCCUCUCUCACCCUACGGCUCCGUGGCACCUACGCUACCUGGGCCAACCUGAAGUGGGAGACAAGAGCCGCCAUGCCUUAGUACGCAACUGUGUUGAUGUGGCUGCAUCUCACAGCCUGCCAGAGUUCCUAAAUGAGAUGGGCUUCCGCAUGGACCAUGAGUUUGUGGCAAAUGGCCACAUAUUCCGAAAAGGUGUAAUGAAAGUUGUGGUUAGCAAGCUCUCACGCAUUCUGGUACCAGGUAAUACGGAGAACACGGAGCGUCUGUCACUGUCGUACUUGGUGGAGCUGAAUGUGUUGGCUCCCGCUGGUCAGGACACAGUCUCGGAGGACAUGCGCAGCUUUGCUGAGCAACUCAAACCCCUGGUUCAUUUGGAGAAGAUUGACCCAAGCAAGCAGAGGCAUUGACUUUUUGGGUGGACUCUUCCUUUUCUACCAUGGACAAGUUUCUUUGUUUCUCAUUUUUCUUUACAUCAUUGUUCCCUUUUUUUAUACUAAAAUUAAAUACUGUAUAACUCUAA